AUGAACAAUCGCAUUGAUAGGAAUUGCACGGAAAUUCACCCAACUAAAAGUAUUUACUGGUAUGGGAGCCCAUGUCACGUACAAGGAUGUUACAUAUGCGUGAGAGGUGAGUAACGCUUGGAAACAGUGUCUAAACUACACUCAGGGGUACUAACUAUAAUGGCCAAUACGGGGAGGCCCUGCCCAAAAGGGGUACCUUUUCCGGGCUUCAGGUAUAUGAAAGGGUAGGGAACUGUCAUUUUGGUCAGUAAAACCACAGGUGUCUCAAGCUCACGUUACGAGUGGGUCAUGGAUAUUUUCUCAAAGAGAGUCGGUGACGCGUUUAAAGCGACCGUUGAGGCUUUUCAUAAGAAAUAAGAUACUGAGGUCUGCCAAGGCUAAAUACCAUUUUAUUUUUACUUUUUUCUACAAAAUAAAUAAAGGACACUUACCUCAAGAACAGCCAAAAAAAACCCGACUAAAUAGAUGAAUUCACAUCAAAAAACACAGGAAAACAUCAAAGGUAAGUCUCCUUUUUUUUAUUUUUAAGAAAAAAAGUAAAAAUAAAAUGACGCGACACCGACUCUCUUGUGAGAACAUAUACAUAACACACCCGUAACGUGAGCUUGGGACGCCUGUGGUAGAACAGGCUAGUAGAUGCAUUUUAUGGCAGUGAAAAAGUCGAGAAAACGGCGUCUGGUUUUGUGAUUUAUUCAUAUUUAAAAGACAGUGUAUUUACAGCAGUUAAAAGGGAUGCAAAGUUAUAAACUAGGUAUGUUAAAGGGGUACAAUUUGUCAGUAGAAGGUAUACGAAAGGGCUAUCUUUUGUGUCAAAAAUGCUAUAUAAAAGGGUAAGAGGUCGGACCUCGGAACGAAGCCUCUCUGUAAAAAACUUUGUCGAGUACUUUCCCCUGGGGUAACUACACCGAAAAUGACUGAGACAAAGAUUUGAAACUAGCGGCUUCAAACAACACAUGUCAGAAGUGCCUGCUUAGUACGCUAAAUAGGCCUGUUGGUAAACAUAGAAUAAUUUGGACAGGAACCACGCGAAUGGUAGAGCUAAGUUUUGAUAAAGAAUACACUGGGAGAUAAUAACCACAGCUGAGAAAUUGAAAAAAAAAUUGAUGAUGAUAAUAAUUAAUAAUCAGUUACACGAAAGUGAAAAUGCGAAAAAAGAUAUGAAAAUCUGCAGAAGAUCUUUCAGCUAGCGAUGAACUCGACUUUCGAUCUUUGGUCACGGUUUUGUUUUGACUCUAGAGGUGGGGUGUAUUUUACCUAAGCCUUCCUUCUCAAUUUUACAGUAAAUUUAUGAAAUAGUUCUAACGGAAAAAUUGUGGCUUAAAAUAACACAAGUUUUAAUCUUAGACGCAAACGAAUGCAAUAACAAAGAUGUUUGCCGUGGAAGACCAUGCAUAAACAUUCCAAGAAGCUACAAGUGCUCAUGUGGGACUGGUUACUUGGCAACAAAGGAAGGUCGUGAGUGUGAAGGUAGGAAAUACAGUACUGAGAAACAGUUCUGAAGUGGCCAACGUCAAAAUUCACAAAAUUACCUCAUUCCGCUUUGUAAAAUGUUGAAAACUAAUAAGCAUUAUGUAAAAGUACUGCUUAAGAGGUUCCAUUUGAAUGGUAACACUGUAUGAUUUCGUCCACAGACUCAAAAGUUAAGAGAGUCACAUUACAAGAGUCUAUCGUUCACUCUGGAAGAGUAGGAGUAAAAAAACCUUAAUUCAUAUAGAAAAUUGAUCUCAACUUGCUUGAAAGAAAAUGUCUAUAAAUUCCUUUUUAUUUUCUUUAUUCUUACAAGAAAAGAGAAUAUUUAGUGAACAAAAAGCACUGAAGGAAAAUCUUCGUUUUCGGAGUUUAAUUUUCCGCGUUACAACAUUUAGAAUAUUGUGACGUCAUUCCGAGUCGUUUCCAUGCAAACAUCAUGCAACGAUACGGCGCGUUACUACCCUCGCGCGUGAAGAAAACAUAAAACAAACCUUUCACUUUCACGGUUUAACAUCCUAAUCGCGCAUCACAAUGAUGAAUCACGAAUCCUACAUCACAGUGAUGAAUCCCGAAUCACGAAUGCAGAAACACUUCUCACGGUGACGAAACGCGAAUCAUUAAUGUAAAAUCACUCAUCACGCUGAUGAAUCACGAAUCACGGAUCACGAAUGCAGAAUCACACAUCACAAUGAUGAAUCACGCUAUCACAAUAGAUGCUUCAAGGAUAUAGGAUCAUUCACCGCUAUCCUUUUGAAGUAUAACUUCUAACAUUAUUUGUCUGUCUCUACAUAUUUCACCUAGAUAUUGAUGAGUGUAAGCAUCAAAAUGGCGGAUGCCCUCACAAUUGCAUAAACACACCUGGAAGUUUCUUUUGUCAUUGCAAGGACGGGUAUAUAACGGAAAGAAAUGGCAUAAUUUGCAGGCAACGUGAGUAUAGACCUACCCAUUAACGAAGCUACAGUGCAUAGGUAAAUUAACAUAUUGUAAACACCAUAAAGCUAAAAUAAUUACCCAAAUGCCCCUUAGCUUAAACGUACAAUAGCCCAUUAAUGAAGCUACAGUGUACAGGUAACUAACACAACAUACAUGUAAAGCUUAAACAUCAAACGUACUCAUUAAUGAAGCUACAGUGCACAGAUAACCUAACAUCGCACCUUCAGGCAUAAACAUAUAGGUGUAGACGUACCCAUUAAUGAAGUAACAGUGUACAGGUAACCCAACAUCGUGCCUUCAAGUUUACACUGGAAUAUAUUUAUAGACAUCCCCAUUAAUGAAACUACAGUGUACAAGACCCAACAUCGCACCUUCAAACUUAAACAUUUUGGUAAGGUAUGUAAAUGGCGGUUGGUGGAAAGUUACUGGCCACCACUGAGUCAGCCUCUACAAACUUUAAGUUAUUAGUUACCGACGUUCAAGACCGAUUCAUUUUAACUAAAACGGUUUGUUUGUGGCAGUGUAUUAUACACAUCAAAGAUCUAUCAGCAUUAAAAGGAAACACAGAUCUCAGGCUUCACUUUUUUCCAUAAUUCUACAUUAGGAGCCAAAAUUAUUACAAAUGUUAUAGGUAUUUUCAAUGAUAUUAUCGAAUAUAGGUAAAGUACCUGAUGAUUUCAAUACAUUUAUCUUCUAAAGUAUCUCGUACCUUUUAUUUACCUUGCUGUAGAGUUGCUUGAAUUUACAACUGCAAGUACAAGCGGAACAGAAACAAGAAAAAUGACUACAUUGAGCAUGGAAAGUAAAAAUUACACGCAAGCAACCAAAGAACAAGAAACUCCCAAGGAAAGCAAACAACAGGAUGGUUUGUACAAGAUAAUUCCUUUCUUUUACACUGUUAAAUUCUAAAAUCCUGUGUGUGGAAAUUGUUUGUAACUUUGUAACAGUUGGCAAGCUACAGGACAAUACACCAGGGCCAGGUUGUUCAAAGCAGGGUUAAGUUAACCUAGGGUUGGCGCAAAAUUUGAAUUUAGACAUCAAAGCUUAAAAAUCAAACUCUGUUUUAUUCUCUUUGUCUACAGUUUGAUGAUUGGAUGGCCUAAAAAGAGAAGUGAAAAUAAUCUGGGAAAAUUGUUUUGAACAAAAGAAAAAGAAACCCAGGUUAACUUUAGCCCUGGGUUAGUGCUAAUCGGCCUUCGAACAACUGGGGCCAGUUUUGUUUUGCUGAUGUAAAGGCUGUCACUAUCACUAUUUCAUUCACCACUUUAGAAAUGAGAAGCAAACUGGGCCAAGUUAACUUUCACAAAGACUUUUGGGAAUGUUACUUAAGGGACAGGGGAAACAAAUUGGCCAAUAGGCAAAGAAAGUAGUGUCCGAUAGCCCGGAGCUAGUGGAUUUUGCUAUUGGGCUAGUGAUUUUUGUUCUUAACUUGCCCGAUAGGCAAGUGAAGUAUUUUGAGGAAUUCAACUUACAAAAGAACUGUGAAAUCAAUUCUGCUCAUUAAAACAUUUUGGGGGCUAGUUGAAAUGAAGUUUGGGCUAGUAAAUGCUAGCUUCAGCUUGCCCAAAUGGCAAGCUGUAAAAAUGACUUUCUUUGCACCCUGAAUAGGUGACCAGUGUGUCCCCAAUAACAAUUCCAUCAGUUAUUGCAGGACACAUUUCAGCCCCAGUCCCCUUCUCGUAUCUAAAGUGGUGAAUUGACCUGGGAAAGUACCUGAUCUAUGGUACAACAAAGUGUCCAAUGGGCUUGCAUUCAUUCUCCUUUCAGAGCCAUUUGAACUGGAGCCGAGAGUCUCGCCAUUAGCAAGUUUUGGAGUCCUGUUUACCAUGGCAAUCCCAUUGUGCUUCAUUGUCUGUUUUCUCAUUGUAUGUUACCUCAAAGGGCCUGGAAAAGACAAGAGUGAAAAGGAGGUUGGAGUUUCUGGCCACUUAAUAGAGUCUGUUUCUCCCAUCUUAGACACUGCUUUUAUUGAUACCAAGAACACUAAUGGAAAAAACAAGGAGAAAAAAACAUCUGUGAAGACUAGUAAUGGCACAAUCGAAGAGGAUGAGCCAACAGACUGUAUGGUAUAA